AUGGCCAACCUUCCAGAAGCUUUUCUCCAGGAAGGUGGACCAUCUAUCCCCUUACCUGCUCAUUUUAUGUGCAAAUAUGUUAUUUGGAAUAUUGUCCAAGAGGUGAAGUGUAAAAACAUCAAUGGGAUCAAGGUUGCGAGAGGGGCGCCUAUUAUCUCUCAUCUUCUCUUUGCUGAUUAUAGCUUUCUAUUUGCUAGAGCCGAUCAAAGGGAGGCUGAUGUUAUUUUGAAUGCACUUAGGGCAUACCAGAGGGGCUUGGGGCAACUGGUUAACAUCGGUAAAUCUGAAGUGUCUUUUAGAAGCAAUGUCCAACCAGAUUGCAGGAUGUCCAUUUGCAGACAGCUAGGUUUUCAACAAGUUUCCUCUCACUUUAAAUAUCUUGGUAUCCCAGUGGUGUUUGGAAGAUCCAAGAAGGUGGUGUUUUCUCAUGUGAUUAAAAUGAUUUGGAAGAAGCUCAAAGGCUGGAAAGAAAAGGCUCUGUCAGGAGCGGGAAGGGAGAUCCUUAUAAAAUUUUUAGCCCAAGCUAUUCCCAACUACAUCAUAGGAUGCUACAAGAUUCCCGAUGGGUGUUGUAACCAAAUUGAAAAAAUGCUAGCUAACUUUUGGUGGGGAGCCAAGGAGGGUUAG